GUGUUAGCUUCAGUACUGCAGGAAGUAUGGGACAAGCUCUAGCAAAUAUCUCUCAAGUCUGUAACAUGGUAGUAGGCAUUUCGUCGGUACAUGGGUUUAAAAAAGAACCCUGAUGAGGAGGCCAUAACUUCCCCCAUAUCUUGGAAGCAGAUAUGACGGGUUCUUUCUUGAAACACAGGAUGUGGUUUUGACCAUUUAUGAAGCAUACAAGGAAGGAAGGAAACUUUUGAGGAAGUGAAGGAAGGGCAGCCUGGUGUACCAUGAUCAAAGACAAGGUAGGCAUGGCCAGGAGAAGCCUUCCCCCCUCCCACAAGUAUGUGGAUGUGGUGCUACUGAAUGGAGAACAUGUACAGAUAGCUGCUGAGGGAAAGGCCAGAGGACAGGACCUGUUUAACAAACUGUGUUCCCUGCUGGACUUGAAGGAGCCUCACUUUUUCGGCCUUGCCGUGGCAAAAGAUGGGGAGUUCCAGUUUAUCGACCCGCAGAAGCGGCUAUCGAAGUACGGACCACGGGGCUGGCGCACGGACAGCAGCCAUGGCUUGGACAAGAAAGGUGCUCCUCUCCUUACCCUCUACUUCCGGGUGCAGUUCUAUGUGGAGCAUGGAGGGCUCAUCAGGGACAGAGUGAGCCGACAGCACUACUACUGGCAGCUGAGACAGAACGUCACCCAGUCCUUCCUGGGCCCUCCGCAGGAGGAGGCCUUCUUCGUGCUGGCAGCUCUGGCCCUACAGGCUGACAUGGGAAACUUCAGCACUGAUAAACACAAGGGACAGUACUUCCAACCCUCCAAGUACUUCCCACAGUGGGUGAUAGCCAAGCGAGGAGAGGACUACAUCACCAGACACAUGCCCAGCAUGCACAAGGAGCACCAAGCCAUGGCCACCACAGAGGCACAGACUGAGUACAUCAAACAAGCCAUCAAACUAGAGGAUGUUGCCAUGCACAUAUACAGGGUCAAAAAGAAAAAGAAGGAAAACCCAGCCAGUAUUCUCCUAGGAGUCUGCCAGAGAGGCAUCCAAGUGUACCAGAUUUCAGAUGCCGAACAGAACCUACAAUUCAGUUAUUCAUGGAAUGGACUCGGGAGGCUAAAGUUCAAGAGAAAGAGGAUAGAACUGCAACCAGAUGGGGCGCCCUCUUUCAGGAAGCUAGUGUACUACACAGAUAGUUAUAACAGGUCUAAGUACCUCCUGGAGUUGAUGAAGGGCACACAUCAGUUCCACCUCAGGAUGAAGCCUAGACUGGACCAGAUCAGGAAAAUGGAGGCACAAGCAGAUAAGAGGAAGUACCGUGAGUCGUAUAUCUACAGCACAGAGCUGGAGUGGGAGAACGGCGUGACUGUUGAGCUGUCCAGCUUCGAGGCCUUCGCCAAGCAGUUCACAGGGAACUCCCUGGGCAGGAGAAAACGUGGGACGUCCCAGUCUAGCAAGGGGAGCUCCAACACAUCCGGCAUCUGCAGCGACCUCAAGCCCAAGCUGUCAGAUGGUGAAGCUUCUGAGAAGUUAAGUGAGAAGCCAGAGGAAGACCACAAGUCAGCCAACCACAAGAGUGCUAAACAGGACACACGCGACCACAAAACGGCAGAACAUCCUACCACAAAACCUGAUGAGGAGGGAGACAGGGCAGACAAUGUAGUGGAGGUGUCAGCUGAAGUGCUGCAGUCCUUACCACAGACCAUUCCCGCAGAGCAUGAACCCAAGAAGAAUGUUCUCCAUGUGCGUGACAUGGACCACAUCCAGCACUACAUGUUGACUCCUGUGGAGAGCUCCAUCCUACUGGAGGAGACAGCAGAGAAGCCUGAGGAGCCGGCCACUAAGAGGGACCUGACACCGUACACCACCAUCUUACUUCCUGAACUAGACUGCAGCAGUGAAGAGACCAGCUCAGCUCGUCUUCAAGAAGAUUCCAGUCCAUCAUCACCCCAACACACAGCAGAAAAGGAUGACACAGCCCAGCGGGACGUCCCUAGCCAGGCGGAGAUGUCAGGCACUGUAGAUAGUCUUCAGCAAAACCCCCCAGCCAACCCCCGGGUCUCCACUCUGUCCUCUGAUGACCGGGAGGUCACCACCAACACGCCUCCCCUCAGCGACAUGCAGCCGGUGUUCUUCUCUCCAACCCACUCCCCCUCUCCUGUCAGUGCAAACACACAGCUGACGUCGCCAGAAAAAAGGCACAGUUGUACCAUGAACUCCUCCUUUCUUGUAGAUAUCAAGUCUUCUCCUUCAGACAGUUCGGGGCUGUAUCAGACGGCUUUUACUGACAUUAGUCAGCUUAGUGCUAGUGACUCCAAUGGAGGCAAGGAGACAUGGACUUCCCCAUAUUCCAUAAGGGUGUAAAGCAGGCCGGAAUAUCUUGCUAACAGUGUCAGUAACUGUGUUACCAUGGCUUUGUACUUACUGUAGCUGUUCCCAUUUUAAAGCUAUUCCUCUCACAUUGAUGAAGUGUGAAAUUAUAGCACUGGGAGUAUUUUCAGGAAGAAAUGUGUAUGCUGAGUUUUAAGACAGUGCUAUACUUCUGUGAAGACUACAUGUUGUUUUUGCCAGUUCAAACAGUAUUACAUGGUCGAACACAUGACGACACCCCUAAGAGUACUACAACAGUCUAUACGGUAUACCACUACUGAAACUUCCUUGUACUUAAGAAAGGCCUGAGGAGUAUACAGAGUACUUGCAAUUCAAACUAUUUUUUAUCACCGUCAUUCCAUGCUGCUUGUGAUAAAUGGCCAAAUCCACAUUUGUGCCAAGUUAUUGACAUUACAAUUAAUGUUACCAGUUUUUGUUGUCAGGUCAGAUAGUACUGGUAUUUACAGAGGUGCUGCAAUGCCUGUUGUCACACUCACCAAGCAAUUCAUCUCUUGUCACAGAUUAUACCUCACAGUAUUACAGGUACCUAGGAUAAUUUUUACUUCUCCACUCCAGUGUCUGUCUGUUUAAACUGAAUGAAGAAACCUUUUCUCCUUGUACCAAGUUAAAGUAAGAAACGGUUCCUUGAUUUAAGUUGACUUUCUUUUGCAAGAUAAAGCAUUCAUUAUCUUGUAAGAGGGUAGAUGUGUUAAACCAACCUUGGUUGAUACUUGGACACUGAGAUAUCAACUCCUACAGUAUUUAUAGUUCAUUAAUUUUUUGUCAUAGCAGAUAUUCUGACUGGUAUUUAUAAUCAGAGUGGUGCUACAAUCCCUUUUGUUGUCACAUGACAUAUUUUCCAAACAUUUCAUCUCAUUCACAAGUUAUACCUCAUGAUGCUUACAAUGUAUAGCCCUGUGUCAGGAUUGAAUGUGUGCCCAGAAUAGAUUGACCCAUCAUUUUCUUUCGACAAGAAUUUGACUUUGAAGCUAGCCACUGAGAAUUCAGUUUUUUUUUUCCUGUCGGACUAUGCUCCCAUGUCAGAUGUGUUUACAAAGAGGCAAUGUUUGUUUACAAUUACAUGUACAUAGCAACAACUGGAUGAUUAAGAAGAGGAUUUUGACAGUAUUACCAACUGUAUUACUGCUUCCAGUAUUAUAGUCAUCUCACGACAUAAGCCAUCAAGCAGAAUUGUUAUCAUGUAUUGUGUAGGUCUCCCGCCAGGUGAACUUCAUCAUGAAACCUUUUCAGUCCCAUUUUCUUUUUACUUUGAAUUACAGAAAAGGUUUCAGGAUGGGGAAACCAUGUCUUUCCAAGGUUUGUGACCGAGUUUUAAAGAAGCCUUGUGAAAGACUAGAUAGGUGAUCCUAAGUAUGCAACAUGCUGUUAUGAGUCAGUGUUAGCAGAGAUUUUUUGACAUCAAUCCUACUUUGCUAAGCAAAAGCCAUGUAAAUACAAGUUUUCUGUAGAGACCUCAGGAUGAAGAAUCUUAGUUCUCAAACAUUGGUGAUUGGGCAAAAGAUUUAUUACCUAGGUGGAAGGAAAAAAAUUUGUACUUCAUUCAUGUUUCAAAAUCAAAUUAAGAAACCCUUUCUUGUCCAAAUUAGCAGUAAGAAAAGGUUUCUUGAUUAAGUUUAUUUCUGAACAUGGUGAUACUUUUCUUAUCUUCGACUUGUAAGAGUGGUACAUGUAGGCUUUGCGAUUUCCAACCAACCAUGGGUAAUUGUUUGUUACCACGAAGACACUCUCCAUCGGCAUUGCCAGAUUUCUCCUUGCAUUUCUUUUGUACAACAUAAGCUUCACAGUAGAUUUGCACUCAUAAGGAUGUUAUCUAUCAAUGAAGAAAAGUUUUACAUUUGUGUAUAUAUUAUAUAUAUAGGGUGAGAGGUCACUUUUGUUUCAAAACCAGUAGGAGGUUUCAGUCCCCAUAUCUUGCCUCCUUACCUGUAAAUUAUGUACAGUUCGUGGUGCUAUAGUAUUAUAGAUCUAGCAUGCAACCAAACAUUAUGUGCAAUUUAUUAAAGGUUGCUGUUUUUGUACUACAUAGUGAGCACUGGUGUUAAGUUAAAGGUUUAUCUUAACUUUCAUUGUUUGUUAUAUAUGCCACCAAGAGGACUAUUUGAGUUACCUUUUAUCCAUAUAUUUCUUUGUACUUUGUAUACCUACCUACAAAUAAAUAUUUUCAUAUUAUCCAGAUAUAAAGGUAUUACAAUGUGUUCUGGUGAUUCUUUUGUAUGGUGAUAUGUUAAAUCUUGCCAUUCCUCACU